AUGAAGCUCAAAAAGGUUAAAAAGACCAGUGUCCUUGCUUUGCAGAAUGACAGUGACGAAGAUAAAGAUGAAGAGAAGCUUAUGAGAGAGCAUUUGAAAAAGGAAAAUGAGCGCAAUGCUCUGAAGGUGGAUAGAUUAGAGAAGAAGUUAAACUAUGAUAUUGAUCUACCGGAUGUCAGUAGGCAAUCCAAUGCAAACAAAUCAAACAAUGAAAGUAAAUAUAUUUCCAAUCUCUUGGAAGCUAAGAAACAAAGAGAAAAUGAUCAAUUAUUACUACAGAGUUUCAAAUUGAAAAAAGAGACAGAGAGUACAGUUGGAGAAAGGAUAGAAACAUCAAGUUUCAAGAUCUACAAAAACGAAAUAAAACGAUUAGAGGAUAAAGCAUCAAAAUCACAAGAGAACACAGAAACAGAUCCAGGCUCCGAAGGAUUAUUAACCUUCUAUAGAACUCAACUGGAUUACAGGGAGAACGAAAGAUCAACAGAAUAUGUACCGUUACAGGAAUCUCCUCAUCCGAAUCCCCAAGAUAAGCCUCUGCAAGUGCCCACCGACCACAUCUCUCAGCCAAAUACAUCUUUCGAAUCUACCUUAACUGGUGGCCUCAACAUCAGGCAAGAGAUUACUAAGGCAGAGCUUGAUCUACUCCAUCAAAAACAAUCCAAACUUCUAUCACUCUUACCACCAGCAUAUGACCAACAUUUUCUAGACGAAGCUAGGCAGAGAUAUUUUCGAAGACAGAAAGCUUCGCAAUAA